CAUUAACAUUAACAUUAUUACAUUAACAAUAUAGAAAAAGGGGUCCUUUUGCUAAGCUCUCAAGUCUGAAUACUUUGUUCCUUCGCCACCAAAAACCUUUUGUUUUUGCGGUCCUCAAUCACACCACCACCGCCAACAACAACCCAAACUUUGCUCAAUCUAUUCGUUAAUUAGCUGCGCUCUUUUGAUCUGCUGAAUGAUGGCAUCAAUGGUAGCGAAAACGAGUACUAGUAGUUGUAGUCAGUUAUCACCAUUGUCUAUUCAAGAGAAAGGAAGUAGGAAUAAGCGGAAAUUUCGGGCUGAUCCACCUACAAGUGACCCUCAUAAGGUCUCUCCCUCGACUACAAAUGAUGGGACGAGUUAUGAAUUCUCGGCUGAGAAAUUUGAGAUGGCAGCUAGUCAUGCACAUCCGCCUAGCCCUUGUGAUGUUUGUGGCGUAUGUCAGGACCAUUCGGAUAAUUUAAAACUUGACCUUGGAUUGUCAAGUGCUUCUUUGGGGGGUUCGUCUGAGGUGGGUUCUAGUCAUCCUAGAGAAGAAGAGGAACAUGACGACUUCCAAGAUGCGGAUUGGAGUGAUCUUACUGAAACUCAGCUGGAGGAGCUUGUUUUGAGCAAUCUUGAUACUAUAUUUAAGAGUGCAAUUAAGAAAAUAGUUGCUUAUGGAUACACCGAAGCCGUUGCCACCAGGGCUGUUUUGAGGUCUGGUCUUUGUUACGGGUCUAAGGAUACUGUAUCAAAUAUCGUGGACCAUGCUUUGGUAUUUCUUAGAAAUGGGCAAGAUAUAAGUCCUUUAAGGGAGCAUUGUUUCGAGGAUCUGCAGCAGCUGGAGAAGUAUGUAUUGGCAGAGUUGGUCUGUGUACUCCAAGAGGUUAGACCUUUCUUCAGCACUGGAGAUGCAAUGUGGUGCUUGCUAAUAUGUGACAUGAAUGUGUCACAUGCCUGUGCCAUGGAUAGUGACCCCUUAAGUAGCUUGAUAAGUGAAGGAUCUCCAAAUGACAGUUCAACCAAUCAACCUCAUUCCCAUUUGAAAGCCGAGUCUAAAAGUAUAGAAAUGAGUCUUCCUAGUCCCUCUAAAGCUGUUGCAAGCAAUGUAAAUCAGACUGGUAAGCACAAAGUUGCUGGAGUUCCUAAUCUCACCAAACCAAAGAAUACCAACGUUCCGAAAGGAACAACUGCAUCAAAAGAGCGUUCAACUUCCUCACAACCUAAUUCCAUAGAUAAGCCUUUCAGUGCUGUAGGUGUAUCACAUACUCUUUCUCCGGAAGAAAAAUCUGUGUCAAGCAGGAAGACACAUUCUGGCAAUUCAAAAAGAGAAUCUAUCCUUCGGCAGAAAUCUAUUCAUCUAGAGAAAAGCUGCAGGUCCUAUGGGGCAAAAGGGUCUUUUAGAACGGCAAAGUUCAGUGGUUACAUCUUGGAUAAAAGAAUCAGACCCACGUCUGAUUCGGCUACCCUUAACAUGAAGAGUGCCUCCUUGAAGAUAAGCAAAGCAAUGGCAAUGGGAUUGGAAUUGGCACAUGAAAAUGGAAGCCUCAGUUUUUCAGCCUGUUCUACAAUUUCCUCCACUUCACCUUCAUUUACUGUAGAAGCCCGACGUACCGUAUCCUCAUCACCUGAGACGAAUCAAACUUCAGUGACAUCAGUGGCCAAAACCAAGCCUGAUGUGUCAGCUGCUGAUACUGAACUUUCGCUUUCACUACCGGCAAAAAGUAAUCCUCCUCAAGUGAACCAAAGCUGUAAUAGUGAGGCUUCUAUCCCUAGUGCUGCUGAUAUACCCUAUGAUAAGUCUCUAGCUCAGUGGGUACCUCAGGAUAAAAAAGAUGAGGUGAUUAUGAAGUUGGUGCCUAGGAUAAGGGAAUUACAACACCAACUUCAGGAAUGGACAGAGUGGGCAAACCAAAAGGUAAUGCAGGCUGCCAGGAGGCUGAGUAAGGACAAAGCUGAGCUCAAAAAUUUGAGGCAAGAAAAAGAGGAAGUGGAACGGCUCAAAAAGGAGAAACAAAGCUUAGAGGAGAAUACUAUGAAGAAGCUUUCUGAGAUGGAGAAUGCAUUGGGUAAGGCUAGUGAAAAGGUUGACCUAGCAAAUGCUGCUGUACGGAGACUCAAGGUGGAGAACGCAUCACUCAGGCAGGAAAUGGAAGAUGCUAAGGUACGUGCAGUGGAGUCUGCUGCAAGUUGUCAGGAGGUCUCAAAGCGAGAGAAGAAGACAUUGAUAAAGUUUCAAUCGUGGGAAAAGCAGAAGAGUAUAUUCCAGGAGGAGCUUGCAACCGAGAAACGUAAGUUGUCUCAGCUACAGCAGGAACUCGAACAAGCUAGAGAUCUCUAUAACCAGCUUGAGGCUCGGUGGAAGCAGGAGGAGAAGGCAAAGGAAGAAUUACUCGUUCAAGCAAACUCAAUUAAAAAAGAAAGAGAACAGCUUGAGGCAUCUGCAAAAUCUAAAGAGGAUGCCAUAAAACUGAAAUCAGAAGCUAAUCUUCAGAAGUAUAAAGGAGAUAUCCAAAAGCUUGAGAAGGAAAUUUCUCAGUUGAGACUGAAGACCGACUCAUCAAAGAUAGCAGCUAUGAAGAGAGGCAUUGAUGGAAAUUUUGCUAGCAGGCUCACAGAAGCCCAAAGUGCACCUGCUGCUAAAGAAUCCAGGAACACACACAAGUCUAGAAUUGCAAACGGGUUUCAAGAAUUUACUGCUGUUGGAGGGGUAAAACGAGAAAGGGAGUGUGUGAUGUGCCUCUCAGAAGAGAUGUCUGUAGUUUUUCUUCCCUGUGCUCAUCAGGUGGUUUGCAAAAUGUGCAAUGAGCUCCAUGAGAAGCAAGGCAUGAACGAUUGCCCUUCGUGUAGGAGCCCCAUAUCUAGGCGCAUCUGCGUACCUUUUGCUCAUCCUUAACCGCUAUACUUCUCCCUGAAUAUAGAGCUCUUGAGUGUUUUGAAUAACGGAGACAAAAUGUUUUUGAAUAAAUACACAACAUUUUGAACAAUUGAGUUCAGAAAGCUUAUACCAGUACUCAAUACAGCCUUGCAUAAUGAAAUGAAAGGGUCCAUUAUAUUAUUGAUGAUUA